CCCUGUUGUUUUUUAAAUCCAUUCUGGAUGGACCGGCUUGCCUGUCUUGCUUCGCCUACCUGUAUAUAUGUAAUACGAAGACGAGGGAGACCAUCGGCUGGUAUUGCUUGGCUUUCCUUGAGUACCCAACAUAGUAGAAGUAAUCAACUUGAUGGUACCUUUUUUUGUUUGUUUAUUUACAUAUUGAUAAGACCUAGAACCGUGACGAAACGUGGCACCACAUGAAUCGCACACGCCUGUGUCUGGUGUUGCGAAAAAGGUCGAUCGUACGAGAUAGAAGGUCCGGGACGGGUUGUGCGACCAGGCUGUCAUGCUGGCGGCCGUGGCUUUCCGCGGAAAACUCUCACGACUCGUUCAUCAACCCACUCUGGCUUCUUCCUUGGCUACAUACCAUCGAACUCUCACCACUACCUUCCGGCACGCCGUGAUUAACAUGUGUAGAUUUCUGGGGCCCAGGGACAGGACAUGUUGAAGCCCACUACCGGUGGCGACAGGCGGGACUCCGGGACGCCUGGGGCUGAUGACGAACGACAGGGGAGUGCAGGAAGAUGGAGGGAAGGGGGAACUGUGAUUCGGACAGAAUACUCCAUCAUGAUGACGGAUGAGUGGGACGCCGGCUGACAGGGCCGAGGCUGAACAAAAGUAAGGCUAUGGAGUCGGG